AUGGUGGAGAUCAUCCUGGACCCGAGCAUCCGCGAUUGGGUGGUGCUGCCCAUGGUCAUCAUCUUCGGAUGCUCGGCCAUGGUACGCCACUACGUCACGCUGCUGCUCAAGAAUGAGAAGAUGGCUAGCGUCGAGCAGCUUACGCCCAUGAACACGGUGAAGCGUGCGCAGAUUACGCGUGUCAACUCUAAGUUCAUCUCGCCCGAUGCCUUUGCUAUGCGAAGGCACUACUUCACGGCAUCGCAGAAGAAAGAUGGGUUGAAGGGCGCGCUACGGGAGAAGGUUAAGAGCGAGGCCAUGAACCAGAUGAUGAACCCCAACUCGAUGCUGGAGAUGAUGAAGGGCAACAUGACCUUCAUGGUGUCCAACUUCGUCAUGAUGGGACUCAUGAGCUACUUCUUCGGCGGCUUCGUGCUCGCUAAAGUGCCGUUCUCGCUGACUCAAAAGUUCAAGAUGAUGCUGCAGCGCGGCAUUGAGCUCAACACGCUGGAUGUGUCAUAUGUCUCCUCGGUGUCCUGGUAUUUCCUCGUGAGCUUCGGCAUGCGUGGUUUCCUCUCGCUCAUUCUCGGCGAGAAGAGCGCUAGCGACGACACCAAGGCCAUGCAGAUGCAGAUGGGUAUGGGCGCCGGCCCCAACAUGGCCUUCGACGCGCCCAAGGUGUACAAGCAGGAGCGCGUGAGCCUCCGCUUGCACAACCACGACUGGGCUCUGGAGUUCGCCGAGAAGAAGCUACUAGGCGAACCCAUUCCAAAGAAGCCGAAGACAUCGACUGCCUCGGCAUCCUACAGCUCGACGACCACAACAACUACGGAGAAGCGGUCGUCCAAGUACACCAAAAUCUCCAAGAGGAAGUGA